AUGCAACCGCAGCACCAGAAGGGAGACGCGCUGAAGGAAUACAGUGUAGACCUUACGGAGCUCGCGAAGAACGGCAAAUUAGAUCCAACCAUUGGAAGGGACGAGGGAGAACCAUUCAAAGUAUCUUCCACAUAUACCCGUAAGAACAAAAUCAAACCCGGUGGACCCCCCGGUGUUGGAAAGACUGCGAUUCUCGAGGGCCUCGCCAGUCGGAUAGUAGCCAAAGAAGUGCCUGAGUCACUCCAAAGCAGGCGUGUGCUUUCAAUAGACUUGGCAGCCAUUAUGGCCGGUUCUGGAAUCCGUGGACAAUUUGAGGAAAAGUUCAAGGCGCUUAUACGAGACAUUGAAGAUCAGGCGGGAGAAGUGAUAUGCUUCAUUGACGAAGUCCACACACUUUUCAAUCUGGGCAAGGCGGAAGGCAGCAUCGACGCGGGACAGAUGAUUAAGCCAGCUUUAGCGCGAGGACUACAACUCGUGGGCGCGACAACUCCCGACGAAUAUCGCAAGACAAUUGGCAAGGAUGCAGCUCUUGAGAGACGAUUUCAACCUGUACAGAUUGACGAGCCAUCCGUUGAAGCCACCAUCUCUAUCCUCCGGGGCCUCAAGUCGCGCUACGAGGUGCACCAUGGUGUCGGCAUCUCUGACGGGUCACUCGUUACUGGCAAAUAUAUCUCGGAUCGGUUCCUACCUGACAAAGCGAUUGACCUGGUGGACGAAGCAGCAUCAGCGCUGCGGUUGGCGCAAGAGUCGAAACCAGACGAACUGGAGGCGCUCGAUCGGGAGCUAACCACGCUCGAAAUUGAACGCGAAAGUCUACGGAACGAAUCGGACGUGUUCAGCGUCGAGCGACGGACGAAGGUGGAGGAGUCACUGAAGGAGAAACGCGCAGAGGCAGAGCGAUUGACGGGGAUUUGGCAGGCCGAGCGCGCACGGUUGCAGCGCAUCAAAAAUGUGAAGCAGCGCUUGGAAGACGCAAAGCACGAGUUGGAGGUCGCCCAACGGCAGGGCCAAUACGAGCGCGCAUCGCAGCUGCGCUUUGCGACGAUUCCCGAGCUGGAGCGACAGCUGCCUUCAGAGACAGAACGGAUGGACGGAGAAGCCGAGGGGCCUAUGCCGAUGCUGCACGAUCGCGUCACGUCCGACGACAUCGCGCGAGUCGUUGCAAAGUCUACCGGUAUCCCAGUGCAGAACUUACUCAAGGGCGAAAGGGAUAAGCUCGUCCAUAUGGACGACACGCUCCGGCAACGGGUAGUUGGCCAGGAUCAUAUCGUGUCCGCCGUCAGCGAUGCUGUUCGAAUCUCCAGAGCUGGUCUCCAGGCUCCAAAUAGGCCGGUCGCCUCUUUCCUGUUCCUGGGACCUACCGGUGUGGGGAAGACAGAACUGUGUAAGGCGCUAGCUGCGUUUUUGUUCAAUGAUGAACAGCGAGGCCUGAUCAAUAUCAAUAUGUCCGAGUACCAUGACCGGCAUACAAUGUCCCGUUUGAUUGGUGCUGCACCAGGAUAUGUUGGGUUUGAGGAAGGAGGUCAGCUAACAGAAGCUGUCCGUCGGAAACCGUAUGCUGUGAUUCUGCUCGAUGAGCUGGAGAAAGCACACAAGGUUGUUUCAGGAAAACUUGUAGCAAUACAACUUCCGCUAACAUACUCGACGAAGGCAGCAUCACUGAUUCUCAAGGCAAGCUUUAAUCUAUCUAGCACAUGGAUACACUUAUUGACGCUCGCCAUAGGACGCAAGGUUGAUUUCAAGAAUACAAUAAUCUGCCUGACGAGCAAUCUAGGUAGCGAUAUCCUUGCGCAUAGCUCUGCGUCCGACAGCAAUGGUGUGGUAACACCUCAGGCACGCGAUGAAGUCCUGGAGCGUACCUCUGAAUACUUCCCGCCGGAGUUGUUGAACCGUUUGGAUUCAAUGCUGGUCUUCAACAAGCUGUCUCGAGACUCGAUUCUCAAAGUGGUCGCGCUGCGCCUGGAUGAUGUUGCUUCCCGACUCAAGAACCGCAGGAUUUCUCUGGACGUGGACGCACAGGCUCGUCAGUGGUUAGCGGAGCAAGGAUACUCAGAUAUUUACGGUGCUCGCGCUAUUGCGAGAGUUGUGCGAACGAAGGUGCUCUUCCCUCUCGCACAGAAAAUGCUUUCUGGAACCAUCAGGGAUGGUGACGUAGUCAUGGUCCGUACCAGUGGUGAUGGAAAGUCUCUGGACAUCAAGGAUAAUCACCUUCCUGAUGCUGCCAAUCCGAAUAUCGCACCCGCGGCCCAUGAAGCGUGA